GCGUUUUUUGUCUUUGUGGCCUUUUUACUGUGGGGUUGGCUUAGGGCCAGGGGGAGCCAGAAAAUGUUGUUUUAAGGCCAUGAUUUCUUCUGACUGCCCAUUACACACAAUUGGCCCCUGAAUGGACUGAGGCACCGAGACACUUGAACAACAACAACACAUCUUAGUUAUAAGCAUUAGCCCAGCCCUAUGCCCGCCAUUUCACGCAGCUGCUCCUCCUCCUCUGUUCGCCAAUGGAGCAGAGCAGGCGUGACUUCAAUCCAGUCUCUGCCAAUAGGAACCCUGGAUGAGCGGGUGGGCGUGCCUCUGCCGUGCGUUCCGAAUCUCGCUCUGAUUUUUGCUGCGAUAGCUGACGAUCCCAGUGUGGGUCUUUCAGAACCGGAAGAGAAAUAGAGAAGCGAUUGGGGCUUUCGCUUCCUGUACGCUCCCGCUCGUUGCCGAGUGUCCCACAACACAUAAGAGCCCAGGCAGUGAUCCCUGGCCAUGUCAGAAGGUUGGGAAGACUGGCCCUUGCUGGGCCCAGGAUGGAAACGCAGGAAUGUCGUCAGGAAAUCGGGUGCAACCUGCGGUCACUCAGACACUUAUUAUAGAAGCCCCGCUGGAAAGAAGAUCCGAAGUAGGAUCGAGCUGGCCAAGUACUUGGGUUCCGCUGUGGACCUGUCUUUCUUUGACUUUAGGAAUGGGGUGAUUGUAGAUAAAACUCCCACUUCUCCCAAGAAAAAGAAACGGUCCCGGAGGAAGAGCCUCCCCGCUGAUGGAGCUGGGAAUCCCCAGGCCAAAACGCCACGCUUUUCCUUGCCGUUGCCGGCCCUCGAGGAGAGUGAGCAGAACGGCACCGCUGAAAAGUCCGUUGUGCGCUGUCACGGCUGCCAAGUAUGGUUUGCAGGAGUGGAAUUCGGAAAGUCCAAAGUCAACAAGUGGCACUGUGCUGAAUGUAGAGCUUCCAGACGAGCUUUCAACAAAGAUCGGAAGUUACAUAAGAAUGCAGGUUGUGGCACAUGUGAUGCCUGUAAGGUGACCGAAAAUUGUGGACAUUGCACGGUUUGUCUCCUGCGUUCCCACGACCCCGAAUUUGGCAGUUCCUGGAGGUGUGUCAGGAGGCGGUGCCUGCGUGUUCUCCACAAGAGUGAUGAAUGUGGCGUGUGCCAGGGCUGCUGUAGGGAGGACGACUGUGAAGGCUGCUCCGUGUGCUUAGAUAAGAUGCACAAGCCUGGCAUGGACAUCAAAGAGAAAUGUCUGCAGCGCCGCUGUAUCAACAAGAAGUUGCUGAAUAGCUCUCCUGACUGUAAGAAUAACGACACAAAGAAGUUUCUCAUUAACACACCCACGUUCAGCAAACCGAAGAAGAAGAAGGCGGCAGAUCGAAAAGGGCAGCCACUUUCAAGCCGCCGCCAAAACCGGAAAUGUGGCGAAUGUGAGUCCUGCCUUCAGAAGGAUGACUGUGGCAAGUGCGACUUCUGUCAGGACAAGCCCAAAUUUGGUGGCCGCAAUCUUAAACGGCAGAAGUGUCGUUGGCGCCAGUGCCUGCGCUUUGCCAUGGAAAAGAAUAUCCCAGCGUUCCACAGAUCCAAUAACCCUGUCAUUCUGGAGAGGAUAAAGCACGAGGCGGCUGGCAUAGAAUAUGAGAAAGUAGAGAUACAGGAGAACCAAGGUACUCUGCUCAUUGUAUCGCCAUUCAGGGAAACCAUCAUUAAAGCGGAACAGACAAACGGGCAGGACUGCUCUAGCGAUGAGAGGAACAGCAGUCACAUGGAGAAUGAGGCUUCCAGACUGAUAAAGGAGGAGACAGUGGAGAGGGAUAUCUCGCACACAGAAGCUAUCACCCCAUUGGACCUAAACCGAUCAGUCAAAACAGAGGAGUUCAUCACAGAAACUGAUGACAUUGAAGAAGCAGAUGAAAGCACGCCUGUGAUCAUGGAGAUUUUUAGCCUGGGCUCUUAUCAUACAACGGGAGACUUGGACAGGGUUUUACAGGAAUUCAUGGGGGAGCUGAAUGAGAUGCCCUUGCCAGCUCACUGGGAGGUACUGGCCCAUACAGGCCCCAAUCUUCAGCUGGUGCAGCGCUCCAGACUUUCUACUAUGGCUGACACGGUUAUCUACAUCCAGCCUGGACUCCUCUUUCAUGUGGUAGUGAAGGGUCACCCUGUUCCUUCUUCUCAUGAACUGUAUAAUAGUCACCCCACCCGUCUCACCACUGUGGAUGAGGUUGUGGAGCUGAUCUGUGAUCUGGAGGCGCAUCAGCCAUGCGUUGGGAUCUCAAAGUCUAGGCACAGGUCCCCUGAGUGCCGCGUGCUGGUGGUGCGUGGAGGACGGUGUGAGGAGUGUUGCAAAGUGCCCUGGCCAUCAGGAAGCAACCAAUAGACACAGGGAGGCUGGUUGAGCCGUAGCUCAGGGACAAAGAGGCAUGUCGUGGGGCUUUUCAUGGUAAAGGACUCGGUGGGAUGAGAACCUGUGUAUUAUGGAUCAGAGGGAGGCCCGUAAGGAGCCAACAGAAACCAAUGCCUUCAGUACGAACAUGAGAUCAGGACAAAAAGUAUUCCUUUAUUUUUCCCUACACUGGAAGAAACUGAGACUGGGCCACAGGUAUAUAGUUAUUAUCGUACUGAGUCUUUCCAGGUCUGGCGUUGGCUUAGCUUUUCUUUUUAACCUUUCUUUUAUUACUUUUACAUUGGUCAGCUGACCGUAAAUAAUGUCUGACUCGAUAGUCUUCCACCCUAUUUGGAUCCCUUGUCCUAUUGGCUCUCUGCAGAGAGUUGCUGCUUUUAUAAAUAACGGAGAGAAUGCCAUUUGCAUUGGUGUAGCUGCAUUAUAUUUCAGUACAGGAGAGUUUGCCUCUGCCAUGUCAGGGAGGUUCACCUUUUACCAUCCAACCACAUUUCUUUCCAGUUUCAUAACAAUAAAUCUUUGCAAUUUCAUUCUUUUAUUUCUUGUAGCAGAUUAUAUCCACUCUGGAAACCCAAUCCACUAGUGAUAUAACUGCACAGGGCUAUUGGCCCCCACUACACUUGCAUAUGGGCUGGAAAGUGCUGCCCUCUCCAGUAAGACCUUUUAUAUUGUUUUUUUAACUAUAUUCUUCUAAAAACAUAGUGUUUGGGUUACUAAAGACAAGGAGUCAUACUACUCAGCGCUGUCAUGAUUGCUGUCAUGACUCCAAAGACGCCAAUAAAUCCAGAAAAGUGGCAGAAGGUCUACUCACCUUUACCCAGCAAUAAUCUUUUGUUACCAAAUGUCAUGGUUACAGCAUUCCUUUAGUAUCUAUUUAGUGUCACUGUCUCAAUCCACUGCCCUAUCCAUAUUGGCAGGCUGCAAGCAGACCGGAGCCUCUGGGCUGCACUCAGCCAAUCAGUUUGUAGGGAUUGCUGGCUUCAGGCCUGGCCCCAAGUGGGGCCACACAGUCAUGAUUCCCUUCUCUGCACAGUUGCAAUGAGACAGUUGUUCACUUUCCAAUAAUAGCACCCUUAGUGGCCAUAAAAGGAUGCUGCUAAUUUCCCUCAGGCUGAAAUAAAUUGAUGCCUCUUCUUAUUGAAAGGAAACUUAACAGACAAUUGAGCCAUUAAUGGGAUGUUUGCUCGUUUUCUUUUGUAAAUAUAUGAAAUGGUCCGUAAAGUAGUUCUCUGCCCCUGCUGCUGCAUUUUUCAUACUCUUAACAACUGAUCUUUGAUUCUUAUUGAUGCUUUAAAGGAGAAGUAACCACUGGUAAAAUAGGCAUUAUCCUGUGAAAUAUCAUUAAAUUAAAGCUAUAUUUGCUAUAA